UUCUAUCACUGCAGCAUCAGCAGAGAGGGGCACAAUCAAUUUCAUAGAGAAGAGGAAGAAAAGGCAGCACAAGUAGAUAAGGACAAGAGAGUGGAAAAAAGAAAUAAGGGGGAGACGCGAGGAGUUGCCGGAGGAAACUGCGGAGAGGAGACCAGCAGGAGGGCGUGGACCUGAUUUAAAGAGGAGAGCCAGAGGACAGAGGGGAAAAAAGGGAAAAGGCAAGAGGGACCAAAGACAUAUGAGGCAAAGCCGAGGCCUCUUUCAGGAGAAACACUCGGCUGCUCAGUGUGUGACUGUGACUGAGGCUGCCCUCUGAGUGCAUUUUUACUGUACGUGUGCGAGCAGGUGGGACUUGGAUGGGACAGUGAGCAAUGCCUGACACGCAGCGACAGCAGUUUGGCAGUAGGGGGCAGCGCUCCUCCCGCCUCCUCCCCCUUGUCCUCACCCUCCUCUCCCUCGCUGCCCGGCCCAGCCAAGCAGCCAUACACAUACCCUCCAACUACCACAUAAGUGAUCUUAAGGAGCCUCCAAUGAUCACCACACAGCCGGGCUCUGUCACCGUCUUCAGCGUCGAAGACCUCGUCAUGAGCUGCGAAGCCUCCGGCAACCCUCCACCCAUUUUCCGAUGGACCAAGGACGGAAAGGAGUUUGACCCAGGCAGUGACCCAGAGCUGAAGGUUUCGGAGCGCUCUGGCGGAUUCGCAUUCUUCACGCUCAGUAAUACUAUGGACACCCUGAAGCAGUACCAAGGCACAUACGUCUGCUACGCAUCCAAUGAGCUGGGGACAGCCGUAUCUAACGAGGCCAGACUCAGAAUAGACGUGCCCCCCACCCAGCAGAAGGAAAAAAAGAUUCAUGUAAAGUCUGAAGAGGGAAGCAGUAUAGUUCUGAAGUGUAACCCCCCGCAGAGCUCCAUGAAGCCCAACAUUCACUGGAUGGACCGGAAUCUACAUCAUAUCCAGCUUAGUAAGCGAGUGAUGGUGGGGAAGGAUGGCAACCUGUACUUCGCCCAUCUGACCACUGAGGACAGCAGGGACGACUACACCUGUAAUGUCCAGUACCUGGUGACAAGAACCAUUCUGGCAAAAGAACCCAUCAAUCUAACAGUCCAACGCUCCAACUCAGUGCCGCGGAGCAGGAGGCCCCACAUGAUGAGACCGACUGGAAGCCACAGCAGCUACCACGCCCUCAGGGGCCAAGCUGUAGACCUGGAAUGCAUCGUCCAAGGCUUUCCGACUCCUGAAGUGACAUGGCUGAGGAAGGACGGCGAACUGUCAGAAUCCCGGACCGUUAAAGAAAUGUCUGACCGUCGGCUGCAUUUCACUAACAUCUCAGAAAGUGAUGGUGGUGAAUACCAGUGUAUUGCUGAGAACGCUCAAGGAAAGACCACGCACACUUACACGUUGACUGUAGAAGCUGCUCCUUAUUGGACCAAGGAGCCAGUCAGUCAGCUCUAUGCCCCAGGUGAGACUGUCAGACUAGACUGUCAGGCAGACGGCAUCCCCUCUCCUUCCAUCAGCUGGACCAUCAAUGGGAUCCCCCUGUCAGCAACCGAUAAGGACCCCAGACGUACUCUGACACCGGGCGGGUCUCUGAUCCUAGAGGACGUCACCUUUGAAGACACUGCCAUCUACCAGUGUUGGGCCUCCAACAAACAUGGAAGCAUCAUCACCAACACUAAUGUCUUUGUCAUUGAGCUACCUCCUCAGAUUCUUACCGAAGAUGGGAAUGUUUACACAUUUACAGAGGGCCAGAAGGCUUUACUGGACUGCGACACCUUUGGCUCUCCUAAACCUAGAGUCAUAUGGGAGAAAGGCAGCCUCUCCUCUCUUCUGGCAGAUCCCAGAGUUAACCCACUCACCAAUGGUGGGCUCGAGAUCUCUAAUGUCACCCAUGAAGACGCAGGCUUCUACACCUGCUCUGUACAGAACAGCAACAUGUCAGUCACCGCCGAGCUGGAAGUGUUCAACAGGACCGUGAUUCUGUCGCCUCCACAGGCUCUAAAAGUGCAGCCUGGAAGCACAGCAAUCUUCACCUGUCUUUACCACAGCGACGCCAGUUUCAGCAAUCCCCAAAUUCAGUGGAGGAAGAAUGAUCAGAAGCUGUUUGAGUCCCACAGUGACGAAAAAUACACAUUUGAUGGACAAGACCUCAUAAUAGCUAAUGUGGAACAGGACGAUGAGGGCGUGUACUCCUGUCAGGUCAUGACUAAGCUGGACAUGGCUGAAGCUAGCGGCACCCUCACCUUAUGUGAUCGCCCAGACCCUCCUGUCCUCCUCCAGGUCACCGAUCCGAAGCAUCGUGGCGUCACUCUCAGCUGGACUCCUGGAGACGACCACAACAGCCCUGUUCAAGAGUAUGUUGUGGAGUUUGAGGACCAAAGCUUGAAGGAGAGGGGUUGGGAAGAGCUGAAGAGAGUGAGAGGAGACGAGGAGAGUGCUGCCCUCCCCCUGUGGCCCGACAUGUCCUACCGUUUCCGGGUCGUUGCCAUCAAUGAUGUAGGCAAAAGCAACCCCAGCAAGCCAUCUGAAAUCCACAACACAGCUGCUGAAGCUCCAGACAAUAACCCGUCAGAUAUUAGGAGUGAGUCUGCAGAUCCAGACACUCUGGUCAUCACCUGGAAGAAAAUGGACAAACGUGACUUCAAUGGACCUGACUUCAAGUACAGAGUGCUGUGGAGGCGAGUGGUGGGCAGCGGACCUGACUGGCACAUGAACUACACAACAGCACCUCCAUUCAUCGUCAGCGACAUUGGCAACUUCUCUGCCUUUGAGAUCAAAGUCCAGGCCAUCAAUGAGAAAGGGGAGGGACCUGAACCAGACCCUGUCAUUGGCUACUCAGGAGAGGAUGUUCCACUAAAAGCUCCGAUGGAUGUGGGGAUUAUGGAGAUUAACAGCACUGCAAUCAAAGUGACCUGGGCAGCGAUAGACAAAGAGACGGUCAGGGGACACCUGCUGGGAUAUAAGAUCUACUUAACCAGGAAAGGCUCCAGCGGGGGCCACCACAGAGGCCGGAGAGCCAAGGAAUCAGAAAGCACUGUGGUGGUGGAGACCGGCCCCACCGAGGAGAAGAAGGCCAUCAGUGAUCUCAGGCCGUACUCCCACUACGCCCUGGCCAUGACUGUGUACAACAAAAAGGGAGAGGGACCCUCAUCCGAGCCACUGCCCUUCACGACUCCUGAAGGAGUUCCUGGUCCUCCUGCGUCCCUGAUGCUAGAAAGCCCAUCAGAGACAGAGAUGACGCUCCACUGGACGCCUCCCGACCAGCCCAACGGAGUCCUUAUUGGAUAUCUGCUGCAGUACCAACAGAUUAAAGAGACAGAUGACAGCCCCAUGCAGGUAGAGACGAUAGACGACGCCAACGUCUCCCACCUCACCUUGAAGGGCCUCGACCGCCACAGCCACUACCGCUUCUACCUGAGGGGGCGCACCAAGACUGGGGACGGAGAGCCCAUCAUAAAGAAGGGAGCCACCACACUGGAUGGAGGACCUCCUGUCAACAUCAGUGUGUCGGAGGGGGAAACCUCAGUUAACCUCAGCUGGGUCACCAAGAAGAGACACAGAAACAUCAGCUUCCAAAUCCACUACCUCAGAAAGAAUGAUGGCAGUAAAUGGAAGAAGACGGAGAAGGUGAAUUCCUCUCAGUCUUUCUACCAGCUCCAGGGCUUGACUCCUGGCUCUCAAUAUCGCCUUCGCUUCGUCUACCACAACAGCACCUUCUUUGAGAAGGAGAUCAACACAGAAGGAACAGGAGUGACAGAGAUGCAGCCCAGCUUUGCCACUCAGGGCUGGUUCAUCGGUGUGGUGAGCGCCCUCGUGCUCCUGCUGUUGAUACUGCUCAUCCUCUGCUUCAUCAAGAGGAGUAAAGGAGGGAAGUACUCAGUGAAAGAUAAAGAGGAGGGUCCAAUGGACUCGGAAGCUCGGCCGAUGAAGGAUGAAACGUUCGGAGAGUACAGAUCUCUUGAAAGUGAUCUUGAGGAGAAGCGGACAGCCAGCCAGCCGUCCCUGUGCGAGGAGAGCAAGCUGUGCAGCGAAGACAACCUGGACUUCAAUGGCAGCAGUGUCAUAACCACGGAGCUCAACAUGGACGAGUCCCUGGUCAGCCAGAUCAGUCGUCCCAGCGAGGGUCCGGAGGGGUUCCACGGCCUGCCGGAUAACUCCCCGCUCAACCCCACCACCAUCUCCCCAGCCACCAACGGCAUGCCCAACUCAGUCGCCAUCCUCGAUUAACCCCCACAUAUCCACCGGGGAUCAUCAGACCAAAAUAUGUCAACACGUACGUGCCCAUACACCCCUGUUCCCUGCUGACUUGCUGAUCUGUAUGUUACCGACUAAUACACAAUCAUUUAUUGACUAUUCAGAUGCCAUUUGGCAGUCAUCUGAUCGACUGGACUAUUUUGACCAAAGGAGUGUCCAAAGUAGUGGACAAAUAUGAUACAAGUCUGACUGACGUGAACUUGCCCUUCGACCCCCUCUCCAUCCUUUACCUGUGUAGUUUACAAUGAAUCUCAACGGAUACACAUUCAUUUCUCUCCCUUUCUCUCUCUCAGCAAACAAAACUACAUAGGCAGAAUGUUGUACAUUUAGAACUAUCAGGGGUUGGAGGUCGUAUAGAGAUGCAGAGUAGUGCAUUAAAGUGCGAGGAUGAUAGUGGAGCCCAGCAGAGGGAAACAAGUGUUCAAUCUUACAUAUUUAUCAUGUCUGACAUCAUUUCACACAUGAUUUUCUACGUCCAAUGCCAUUUGAUGUCUCAGAUUGUACUUGCCAGUGACAUUUUUUUUUCACAUUUUUUUAACAACUGUGUUUGAAUAUAAGACACCAUUUUUUGUUAUCUGCCAUUGUUAUAUCUAUCAUUUUUUACAUAUUGUUUUUUACACUCUUUGUAUGAAAUAUUUGACAUCUUUUUAUUGACACAUUUCAUAGAUCAAGAUGUUUUCAAUGAAAUUAAGUGAAGCCAAGUUUCUUACUAUAGAUAACAUUGGAUGCAUUAAGGGGAACUUGCUGUGAAAAUGCUGAGUAGCAUCUGGUGUAUAUAGCUGCAUCUACAUCUAUCUAUUUAGCCAUAAUACAGUAUUAUAGAUACGUACAUGCUCCUUAUAAGUUCCUGUGCCUGCUGGAUCUGCAUAAAGCACCAGAUUGAUGUCAUUACUCUGUCGCAUUCCCUCCAGAAGUGUAAUGUCAUUAUUGGAAAUGAAACUGUAAUUUCUUUUGUGUCAAGACGUAUGUGUAGCUUUCUGUAUCUGUCUUUGUCUCUUUCUACACUGUAUUAAAACAUUGUUGUCUCUAAUUAACAAUCUUUUCAUACCUGUCCAUCUCAUACAACACAAACUGACUGAGGAGCAGUAUUUAUGUAUAUUUACAGAUUAGAGAGUGAAGUCUUGAGGGCAAACACUCUCUCAAGUUUUAUUUUCAGACCCAUCAAUGCAAGUGGAUAUUGUAGACAUGCGUAAUGAUUGCCAGUUGAUGUAUGAUAAAGGUAAACAGUUGGCAUUUGUAUCAAACGCAGAGAAUGUAUUGUUUUCAGGGCCAGGCAGACAGUGUAUCGACACGCUACCUAUGAAAAGAAACAUCUGAAUUACAAGGUACUGAAGAGAUAAGAGUUAGAUGGACAACUUUUUUUGUUUCUCCCACUGAAUGUAAAUACAACCCUUAAAGUACCAUGUUUGAUAUAAAAAAUGUGAAAAAUGUUCAGGUUGAAAACCACCUAAUUUUAAAAUGUCGCAAGUUGUAAUAUUUCUUCUUCUGUACUCUUGCUAUGAAAUCAGACUUUUGUUUUUUUUGACAAAUGAUUGCAGUGAGAUUUGGGUGUAGCAAAAAUAGCUCAUAGUUGAAGAACAAAAAAAAAGCUUAAAAAGGAAAAAAAAUCCACUUUGUUCUGUGAAUGUUUGCAAACAUAUCAAAAAAUUUGAAAAUCAAAAAAUUGUACAUUAGUGUCAUUUAGUGAAAGUAGUUGCAUUUCAAUGAAAGCUAAGGUUCAUGCCCAUAAUCCAUCCAGCAAUGUGUUGCAGUGCAGUGAAUAUCUGUGGAGUUUUGGUCUGAUGCAGUCAUGCAGGGCAGGAAUGCAGCAUACCACAGGGAGCACCUAUAUGCGAUGCUCUCCCUACUCAAAUAAAAGCUUGCCACUGGGCAAACAUCCGCUGACAGUCCCUGAGGCGGUGCAUGGGAUGUCUAAAGAGGCUGGUGCCACUGACGGAGGCGUAUGUCAGGUCCCUGUUGUUGGCUAAACAGACACACUCAGGACAAAUAAAACUUUUAAGAAAAUCUAUUUUCCUACAGGAGCAAUGAAUGACACAAAAUAUGCCAAUAUUCUAACUCAACUAUCUGCUGCUAAACAUCUGUGUUUGUCAGUGUUGGGGGCAAAUGUUAGCUUUGAAUGAGGAAUGAGUGUACACACACAGAUACUCACUCGACUGCUACUCACUCUUUGCUUUUCAUGUUUCGAGGGGAAACCUGAGGACACUGGCCUUUGCUUUUCCGCUAUUGUUAUUUUUUCUUUUCUUUUUUUAUAGUUAAAAGAUUAAAAAAAAUCUAUGAAAAAUGAAUUGGUGUGUUUACAAUAAGCUUCUCCAGAACUCAAAAGCAGACAGAUUAAAUAACAAUGCCUGAGCGGGAGGGAGAGAAAAUAGGCGAGGAAAGGAAGAGGUUGGGAGUGUUUGCCACUGCCAGGGCGAGGUGGUGUGUUGGGUGCACUAUCAGCACAAUGAUGUUGCCUACAUGUAUCAUGGGUGAACGACGGGAGUUGGGUUGUACCACAUAUGGGGCCAAUGUAACUGUAACUGCAUUAUGAAUCUACCACUGUAACUGGAUAUAUGACUGAAAAAUAAAGUACAUGGAACAAUC